CAGGCACACGUUGUGCCAGAACAGACCCUAAUCCCAGCUCUUGGUUUCACUCCCACACACUUCAGCACAAUCACUGAGCACACGCGUAAAACGGUCGGAUCACUCGAGCCUCACUGGUGUCUUGGCCGUGAGGAAGCGUUGGUGUCCACAUCCCCGUUGUGAGGACGGCAAAUACGGAGACACGCAAAGCCGUCAAGAUGUUGGAGUGCAGCUAAUAAAAGGCAGAGGUGGACCACCCAGACAUGCCCCGGGGGAGCAGCUGCUUGGGGCGCACUGAGGUGGGGGAGAGCCGGUACGAGAUGCCCCUGGCCUCCAGGCUUCAGAGGCUGAUGUGGACCAAGCCUGGAACCCGCGGCCUUCUAGAUGAGGUCUAUCCCCAGAUCUACAUAGGGGACAUGUAUGCAGCCAAGGACGAGAGGACCCUGAAGGCAAUCGUCAUCACUCACGUAGGGAACGCCGCUGACGGGAAGUUCAACAUGAACAUCGGGCCCAGCUUCUACAGAGACACCAAAAUCACUUACCUCAGAAUAGAGGCUUUUUUUGACAUGCCGUCCUUUGAUAUGAGCCCAUUCUUCUACUCAUCAGCCCAGUUCACCAGGACUGCCCUGAGCACACCCACAGCUACAGUGUUUGUCCACUGUGCCAUGGGCCUGAGUCUCUCCGCUACCCUGGUGCUGGCGUACCUGUUGAUCCAUGAGGGCAUGACUCUGGUCGAGGCCAUCAAGGUAGUCAGCACCAGCAGGAACAUCUGUCCCAACGCCGGCUUCCUGGAACAGCUCAGAGCGCUGGACAAAUAG